AUGCAAGAUGCUAAGCCUAUGAGUACACCUGCUGAAUAUGUGCAGACAACAAGUGAUGCUUCAAACAAAGUAAAGUUUCCCUACAGGGAAGCUGUUGGGUCCUUGAUGUAUCUAGCCAUAGCUACAAGACCCGAUAUUGCUUUUGCAGUAUCAUAUGCAAGUCGCUUUAUGGAUUCUUAUAAUGAGGAACAUAUUGCAGUAAUAAAACGUAUUUUUAAAUACCUAAUAGGAACUAUUGAUGAAGGAAUUAUUUUUGCUAAAACUGAUGACUUAUUUCUAAAUUGUUAUUCAGAUUCCGAUUAUGCUGGCGAUACCGAGACAAGACAUUCAACUAGUGGUUACGUUUUGAUGUUGUCAGGUGGCACGAUCUCGUGGUCAUCAAGGAAGCAGCAGACAAUAGCUCUUUCAACUACAGAAGCUGAGUAUAUAGCAGCAUGUGAAAGCGUUAAGGAACUUAUAUGGGUACAGAGGUUGCUAAAUGAUUUGCUAGGCGAUGACGUACAAGUUCCAGUUCUUAAUUUGGAUAAUCAGAGUGCUAUCAAACUUGUAAAAACCCACAAUUUCACAAAAGAACUAAGCACAUUGAAGUAA